UCUUUCAAGAUCCACCCCGGGUCAAAAAGCCAAAAUAAAUGAUUUUAGCCCUUCUCAAAUAAAAAGAAAACGGAUUCUUGAACCCCUUUCACGCUCAUGUCACGUCGAGGUACUGGAGAAGAAAAAAUGGAAAAAUCCGAUCCAAUUUCUCGUAAUCGAUUAGUUAACAUGUUGGUUAAUUGUAUUCUGAAACACGGAAAAAAUCAUUGGCUUAUCACCAUUAAAAAGAUUCAACAAAAGACAGAAACAAAUCCACGAGAUGUUUUACAUCAAGCAAUACGUGGAGUAACUCCCGAUAUAGCAGUAAAGGCAAGACCUGUAGGCGGAUCAACUCAUCAAGUUCCCAUUUCAAUAGGAUCCACACAAGGAAAAGCACAUGCCAUUCGUUGGUUAUUAGGGGCAUCCCGAAAACGUCCGGGUCGAAAUAUGGCUUUUAAAUUCUUUUCUGAAUUAGUGGAUGCUGCCAAAGGGAGUGGCGAUGCCAUACGUAAAAAGGAAGAGACUCAUAGAAUGGCAGAGGCAAAUAGAGCUUUUGCAUAUUUUCGUUAAUCCAUGAACAGGAUCCCUCUCGACACAUAGGCCCAUGGAUCCAUACAUCUCAAUCGGAAAAGAAUCAAUUGAAAAAGAAAUUGAUCGAUAUAUUUCUCGAAACAAAUGAAAAGGAAACG